UGCCCUCACUCUCUCUUGUGUUCUUUCUUUCCUUUGAAACGAGUAACCACAGGAACCGGUAAUGGCGGAUUCUGUGAAAAGCGGUCGCUUUCUUUUCCUCAAUCCAUGGAUACUCCACUUGCAGAAGAUGUGUCUAGAACUCAAGUGUUCCCUAUGCUUGAACUUGCUGAACCGACCAUUACUGAUGCCAUGCGAUCACAUAUUCUGCAGUUCUUGCAUUCUUAGAUCAACAGAGUUCGGUUCCGAGUGUCCCGCCUGUAGAUCACCUUUUGUUGAUGAAGAUUUAAGGCUGGCUCCUCACAUGGAAAAUAUGGUUAAUAUCUAUAAGAGCAUGGAUGCCGCCUUUGGCACUAAUCUCUUGCACUGGGUACCUCAAAGUCAUAUUGAUGCGGCUGUUGUGGCAAGGGCAUCAGACCGACUCCCAGUUACGUUUACUGAUGUUAUUGAGGAUAGAUCCAGGAAGGAACCAGUUAACACCAAGCGAACUCGAACGGGAACCUCUGGCAACCCAAACUCAUCCCCUGCAUUACGUGCUACUGAAGGGGCUAAAGUUCCUUUGCAACAUUCAGAAGUCAAAGUUGAGAAAUCUGAAAUUCCUGAUGAAUCUCAUGUUCCAAGUAAUAGUGGUGCGCUGAAAAAGUUAGAGCAACAGCUUGGGGAACAGAGGGUGCUUCAAGGGGAGGAGAGUGCCCCGUCAUCGCAGGCUCAGCAGCUUAGAGAUGAGAGUGGAGCUCCAGAAGGGUAUUCGAAUCAAUUCACGCAAACAUCCCCGGACAGCCCGCCAUCUUUUGGCGCUGGGAAGGAUUCGGAUGAUGACAGCACUUAUCAUGGUAGCCAGCAUAGUGUUGAUAAAUUCUCAGCAAAAAGCAUGCUGAAUAAGGAAUCAGUAGAUGGGUUUGUAAGAGAGAUGGGUCGAGGACCAUCAACUCAAUCUGGAGAAGAUCAUGGUAGAGAAUCAAAGAGGAUGAAGUUGAACCAUGAGGCUAGAGAUAUUGCCCCUGAAAACGACAUUCAUAAGUCACCUUUUACUGGUUCUGAGAAUGUGGUGAUGUCUAAAUCCAUACCCAAAAAUUGGUCAUCUGCUACUGUGCAGCCAUCAGUUGGUCCAGACUGUUCAGUUUCAAAAUCAGCUGUGAUCUGUGCAUUUUGUCAGACAUCAAGUUUGUCGCAGUAUACUGGGCCAAUGAUGCAUUAUGCCAAUGGGAAGGAAGUAGUGCCAGACAAGGUAGCACAAUCCAAUGUCUUGCAUGUACACAAGAAGUGCAUUGAAUGGACACCCCAGGUGUAUUUUGUUGAUGAUACUGUUUAUAAUUUGGAGAAAGAAAUUUCAAGGGGUGCAAAACUUAAGUGCAGCCAUUGUGGGCUGAAGGGUGCAGCUCUUGGCUGUUAUGAAGAAUCCUGCCAAAAAUCUUUCCAUGUUCCCUGUGCAGUACAAAUUGAAGAUUGUUGGUGGGAUAUUGAAAAUUUUCUAGUGCUUUGUCCUACUCAUUCUUCAAAAAAGUUUCCAAAUGAAACCUCCAAGCUUGGGAAGAGAAUGGGAGCUUGCCAUGUUUCAGAAAAUCAAAUAGACAGUUGUCAACCUAUCAAAUCAGGGGAAAUGCUGGCUGGUAAUCAUCAAGGAUGGGUUCUGUGUGGAUCUUCACUCUCCGUUACAGAGAAGAAUCUUUUGACCAAGUUCGCAAAACUGACUGGUGCUACUAUCUCCAAGGUUUGGAAGCCAAAUGUCACCCAUGUGAUUGCUGCGACAGAUGAAAUGGGUGCUUGCAGCAGGACUAUAAAAGUCCUUAUGGCCAUCUUGCAUGGGAGAUGGGUCUUAAAAAUUGACUGGAUAAAAGCAUGCUUGGAAGCUGUGCAGCCUUUGUCUGAAGAGCCUUUUGAAGUUCAGCGUGACAUCCAUGGUUGUUGUGAUGGCCCCAAAAAUGGCAGACUUAGGAUAUUGGAGAAGGCACCAAGGCUAUUGACUGGCCUCAACUUCUACUUCUUUGGUGAUUUUGUGCCAUCAUACAAGGAAUGCCUCCAGGAUUUAGUGUUGGCUGCUGGGGGUACCUUUCUUACGAACACGGGCAUCUUGCUCCCACAAGAUAGUAAACACGCAACUUCCUCGACAUUCAUUGUUUACAACCGUGAUCUCCCGGAAAAUUGCACUUCAAUGGAGGAGUAUAUGGAAUUUAGAUUCAAAGAAGCAGAAGAUUUUGCUGCCGAAUUCGGAUGUCGAGUCAUUGGCCAUACAUGGCUUUUAGAAUCAAUAGCUGCUUGUAAGAUACAGCUUCCUAGAUGCUAAUAUUUUAGGUUCAAGAGCUGUGUUUUUUGGCUUGUGUAGAGAAGCGUGCUUUUAACUUCAUGAAUGAGGAGGGCAAGUAA